AUGGCAUUUUCAAUUUCCAAUCCAUCCCCCUUCUCCUGUCAAAGCUUCGCAGUUCCCGUUAGAUGCCAAAGUCUAUUUACCCCUCUGUAG